GUGCUGGCCGGCUGUGGCGUCUUCGAUGGCAGCGAGAUUCAUGAGGCCUCGGCUGUGCUGGUGCACCUCAGCCGCGGCGGUGCUGAGGUAGCUCAGACCUCUCUGAGAAGUUGGGAGCAGGAUGUAGCGAGGAGCAGCGGACCUGUCUGUGGCUUCUCGUGACAGCAAGGGGUGGCUGCCUGUCUGUGCGAGGAGCCACAGCCACUGGUCUGCCGCUGCGAGCGCACAAAGCCCCAUGUUCAGCACGACUUCAUCUCCCUGAAAUUGACUACAUCAGCAGCACUGAGAUGUCUGCAAAGCAAGUAUGAAGACGCAUGUGAGAACAGCCCAGUUCAGUCGGCCUUCCUCUGUGUUUUUAAUGAGGUUUUUCGAUUUGGUACCUAACCAACAUGUGUGCUUCCAUGUUUUGUUUUUUACUUCCUGCUACUAGGAAGGUGAAGAUAUUUGCCCCCAAUAUCGAGCAAAGGGAUGUUGUCAAUCAUCUAAAAGGAAGCCCAGCAGAUGAGAAGAGAAAUGUGUUAGUUGAAAGUGCCAGGCUGGCAAGGGGAAACAUCCAGGAUUUGGCUGAGCUGAAAGUAGGUGAAUUUGAUGCAGUUAUUUUCCCCGGUGGAUUUGGUGUGGCAAAGAACCUGUGUUCCUGGGCUGUAGAUGGCAAGAACUGCACCAUCAAUGAACAUGUGAACUCCACUCUCCGAGCUUUCCACAGUGCUAAAAAGCCCAUUGGGUUGUGCUGUAUAUCACCUGUCCUGGCAGCUAAAGUCUUUCCUGGUUGUGAGGUCACAGUCGGCCAAGAUAAAAACGUAGAUGGAAGAUUUCCUGAUGCUGAAACUGCAUCUGCUAUAGCAGAGCUUGGAUGUAAGCACAUUUGCAAAGAUGUCAGUGAAUCCCACGUGGAUAAAGCCAAUAAAAUAGUUACUACCUGUGCUUUCAUGUGCAAGGCUCCUCUGCAUGAGAUCUUUGAUGGAAUUGGAACAAUGGUAGAGGAAGUCCUGCAGCUUGCCUGAUGGGGAGCAUACAGACUUCUGUGAGAAAAUCCAUUUAGCAAAGCAUAAACAUUUAGCUACUUUUGAUGGUAUUAAUAAAAUAAUGCAGCUAUCAAACUUCAUA